AUGCUCACUCUCAUUCCCGACCGCUUCGUCCUCGAAGAAGUAACAUCAAAUGACCUGAUCAUUGCGUCUCUUGCCUGGGGGUUCACCCUCGGCAUCGGCUGGCUGACGACAUGGUCGGCCAUUCAGCAGACGGCCAGUGCCUACCGCCGUCGUGGGCUCGGGUCUAUGAUGCGCAACCCCUACAUCUGGAUGAUUUGGGGCGAGAUUUCUGUGUGUCUUGGGUUCGGCAUCAUCUGCUUCAUGUACAUUCUAGGAGUGAUAGCGCCCAGCUUCGCCUUCUACUUUUGCAUCCUGACCCUGUGGGCGCUCCAGGUUCAGUUCCUCCUCCAGAUUAUCGUCAAUCGAUGUGCGAUCCUUCUCCACGACCGAACUUAUGUAUGGCGACUCAAGUACGGUGUUGCCGCAUUCAUUACCGCCAUUAACAUUUCCGUCUACUGCAUCUGGGUCCCUGCUCGGUUGCAGAUUUCAGAAAGAUAUAUUCACAUCAACGAGGUUUGGGACCGUUGUGAAAAGGUCAUUUACCUCCUCGUUGACGCCUUUCUCAACCUCCUUUUUAUUCGCACCGUCAAACAAAAUUUGGUCGAACUGGGACUCAGCAAAUACGACAAUCUCGUCAAGUUCAAUAUGUUUAUCAUUGUAUUCUCUCUGAGCAUGGAUGUCCUCAUUGUCUCCAUGAUGAGCCUGAAAAACACCUUUGUAUACAUGCAGUUCCACCCGCUUGCUUACAUCGUCAAACUCAACAUUGAAAUGUCCAUGGCUAGUCUUAUCGCCAAGAUUGCU